AUGGAUCCAACAAGAGUACUCAGCGCUGCAUAUCCUGCUCCACCAGCAUACUACAAGAACUACACUGAUGAGAACUUGGCUUUAGUAAAGGCUGGAGGAACUGCUUUUUCAACCACAGACAAUCUAUCAUCACAACUAUCCGUCAACUUGAAACCACCUAAUCCUGUCCUCGAGCCUAUCUCUGUAUUUGGGACCAUACUGGAUACAUCAUACAAAAUUGAACACAUUCGUCUUAUCCUGAUUAAUUUUCAUAGCUUAUUGAACGAGUAUCGACCACACCAGGCCAGGGAUACCUUGGCAAUAAUGAUGCGUGAUCAGAUUCGACGACGGAAAGAAACAACACAAUCCAUUCGGGACGAAAUCACUAAAGCCCAGACUCUUAGUGCUGAUUCGGGAAGUGACACCCUAAUGUCUGAUUUGUAG